UAAUGCUUUCUCCAACCCAAGUACCCGAAGGAUCCUUUCGAAUUCCCAUUCCCCACCCCCUCCUCCUCCCGCAGACCCAACUCCCAGCAGCUAAGAGAGAAAAAGAGGAGUCUCUCUCCUUCUUAAUUGGAUUUUCUUCCUACAGGGAUGGAUACGGGUUAUAGCCUUAUGUGCACCUUCCUUCUCCUGGCCCUUCUCUCCUACCUCCUGAUGAGAAAGCACGGGAGAAAACCCCAAGGGAAAGCGAAACUCCCACCGGGUUCAAUGGGAUGGCCUUACAUAGGAGAGACCCUUCAUCUCUACUCGCAAGACCCUAACGUCUUCUUUGCCGCAAAACAGAAAAGGUACGGGGAGGUCUUCAAGACUCAUCUGCUUGGUUGCCCGUGCGUGAUGCUGGCCAGCCCGGAGGCUGCCAGGUUCGUGCUGGUGACCCAAGCCCAUCUCUUCAAACCCACGUACCCUCGCAGCAAGGAGCGUAUGAUCGGCCCGUGGGCCUUGUUCUUCCACGAGGGCGACUACCACAUGCGUCUGCGGAGGCUGGUGCGGAGCUCCCUGGUGCCGGACGCCCUCCGCGGCCUCGUCCCGGACAUCGACGCCAUCGUGAUCUCCAUGCUCGACUCAUGGGACGGCCAUGUCGUUAGAACGUUCGAGGCGAUGAAGAAGUUCUCCUUUGAUGUGGGUAUCCUCGUAAUCUUUGGUGGCCGACUGGAAGAACGCUACAAACAGGAGUUAAGGAGAAACUACUUCAUCGUCGACAAGGGCUACAAUUCAUUCCCCACUAACAUUCCAGGAACUCUAUUCCACAAAGCAAUUCAGGCGAGGAGACGGCUACGUAAGAUGCUGAGUGAGAUCAUGAAUGAGAGGAGGAAGAAGGCAGGGGUGGAGAAGGAUCUCUUAGGCUGUCUUAUGGACUCAUCGGAGCACUUGAGUGAUGAUCAGAUCUCUGACAACAUCAUCGGUGUACUCUUCGCGGCGCAGGACACCACAGCCAGUGUCCUCACAUGGAUCCUGAAGUACCUCCAUGACAACCCGGAGCUUCUUGAAGCCUUGAAGGAGGAGCAGAUGGGUAUACACGAGACCAAUGGCUAUGGAAGCCAACCCUUGACAUGGACCCAGACAAGAACCAUGGUCCUCACGCAUAGGGUUAUAUUGGAGAGUUUAAGGAUGGCAAGUAUCAUUUCUUUCACGUUUAGGGAGGCCGUGGCCGAUGUGGAGUACAAAGGGUAUCUUAUUCCCAAGGGAUGGAAGGUGAUGCCUUUGUUCAGGAACAUACAUCAUAACCCUGAAUUUUUCCAAGAUCCACAAAAGUUCGACCCUUCUAGAUUCAAGACUCCACCCAGGCCCAGCACCUUUUUGCCAUUUGGAAACGGCGUUCACGCGUGUCCUGGCAAUGAACUAGCCAAGCUCGAAAUGUUCAUCUUGAUCCAUCGUCUGGUGACCAAAUACAGGUGGGAAGUGGUGGGAUCCCAAAGCGAGAUUGAGUAUGGCCCAUUCCCGGUCCCCAAGCAUGGACUACCAGUCAAGUUGUGGAGAGCUUCCAUCACCAGCAGCAGCAGCAGCAGCGUCGGCGGCACCGUCGAGCAAUGUCGGCCUGCGCCAUAAAAACCUGGCUAGUCAUGCACGCUUCCUGCCACUUGACCUAAUCAUAUGAAUCUCGACGCCGAUCUCCAGCACCGAGUAGAUGAUGGAGACUUCAAUUCCUGUUACUUUUUAUUCGAUGGAAUAUGGUUAUCACCUAAUGAAUUUAAUAGUUCAACCAUGCGGAUCUCCAUCGCUAUCGCUUACUCUCACAUGUCAUUUGGCACCCCUCCAACUUGUAAUUUCGUGUUGCUCAUAUAUAUCCAUCUGGAUAACAACAUAACAUGAUAAUAUGGCGUUAUCCUUGAUGCCA